AUGGAGGUAUCAAGCAACUCAGAGGAUGCUAACAGGAAGCGACCUAGGAGAAACGCAAGCCAUACCAGAAUUCUAGCUGCCUGUGAUGCAUGCCGGGCCAGCAAGACGCGAUGCGACUCUGUCCGACCGACAUGUGCGAAAUGCGCUGAGCGAGGUCUAGACUGCAACUACCCGGACAAGGAUCCCUUCUCAGCCUUUGAAACACUGGGCAAGAAGAUAUUGAUCGCCGUUGAGGAGCAGGGGCGCCUGCUGACGGCAGCUGCGGGCAGGACUCCUCAGCGGCCUCUGGAUAUGGAUGGAGUGAAUUUGGAGACACUUUCGCGUAAAGACACUCCUUGGACCCCAAUCACAGGUUCUGACAUGAUCUUGAACUGGACCGUAUUUCCGUUGGACAAGCCGGUGAGCACGUUUCCACCAUCGCAUUACGCCGAGAAGGGGAGACCCGGUGAUAUCGAGAGCCCGGACCUGUCACUAGAACGCAUGAUUGAGCUGCGGGAUAUCUACAUGACCAAGAUUCAAGUAAAGAACCCCAUUGUGGAUGCGGAUCAGCUCAACGACCACAUCAGGUACGUAUUAGAGCAUGGUUUCGGGUGGUCGACCACGUCGUGCCUCGUGCUAUUGGUAUUUGCUUUGGCUGCCAUCUGGGGAAACUACCCCGAUGAUGAACGACACACUGUAGAGGUUGAUCCCUCCCAGACACGACGCAUCACCAUUGCAGUGCCCGAUCAUCGUAUGAGAGAGUCUUUGAUGUACAUUACCAUGGCACAGAAACGAAUGUCCACGGCAUACCUAGACGACUCGCUUCUUGGCGUGGUGUGUUUCUGCCUGUUUGGAAUGUGGUAUCAAUACAACAUUGAGCCGAUCCCGGGAUGGAAGAUGUUCCGCACUGCAUCGAUGAUGUGGGAGGCAUAUAACUUGAAGCAUUCCGAUGGCAAGACGACUCGGUCCAAGCAGGAAGAGAGCCUGGAGCAGCGAUUAUAUUGGACAUGUCUCAAAUCUGAAUGCGAGAUACGGCACGAACUUAAUGGACUCCCUUGCUGCACCUUGCAGGAGUCAUCCUUCCCUUACUCACUACCUACCUUUCCGACGAUUGCCAGCUUUGAACAAAGCCCCGGAGACAAUCAACAAUCGACUACCCUUUCCUAUUACUACUACCUCGCCGAGAUAUCGCUGCGCCGGCUCCUCAACCGCACUCGUGGCGCUGCUACUCGGCUGUCACCGACGAUUGACUCAUUUACAGCAUCCCAGGUUGCCGACACCGUCCAGAAACUCGAAGGCCAGCUUCAGCAGUGGUUAGAUUGCUUGCCUCCGGUACUCCGAUUUCGCAUCCCGCCCGACUCGCGACCACCCCCGGAAGAACCCGAGCUCAUAAAGCUGAUACGUGAGCGGUAUGUCGAGGUUCGCGAGCUUCUCUGCCGUGCUUACCUGUAUAUGUGCCUUCAUGGCGGCAUGCGACUCACCCGAUCACAAGCCGAAUCAUUUGGCUCACGUGCAUCCAUGGGCCUGAAACUAAGCGUCUAUCGAAUCCAGACGGAAAACCCAUUUUUUCGCCAUCCCGGGUCGUGGGGAGCGUGCCGCGUGCGGUUUAAUCAUGCUCUGUGCCUCAUUGCUGCAUUCCGUGGAAAGCAGGCUGGUAUAGAGUCCGCGGCACACAUCAUCGUACCGCCGAAGUGGAAAGACUGCGUAGACAUGGUUCGGGAGCGGUUGGAGGUCUGGGGUGAGGAAGGAGGAGGUAUAAAGGAGCUAGGCACUUUACUAGAUUGGCUAAAGGGCCUAUAUAUGUAG